GAUCUGUGUCAUUUUGAACUGGAACUCACUGCAUCGCUAUGAUGCAAUCGGAAUUCCGAGUUCUCCUCCUCCUCAUCAUCCCCAUCAGCUUCCUCUCAGCCAUGUUCAUCUACAGUUCGCUGGAAAAUAGGCUUUAUCAGCAGAAACAUCAUCCAGAAGUUUCUCAAAAAAACAUCAGCAUCCUGCUGUGGCACUGGCCAUUUGGCCGCUCAUACAGUCUUGCUGGAGACAAAUGCCUUGCGAUGUACAACAUCAGCCGCUGUUUCCUCACUGAUAACACCUCUGCCUUCUCAACUGCUGACGUGGUUGUGUUCCACCACCAGGAAAUCAGCAGAGGUGUGUCGUCAUUGCCCUUGCACCUUCAUCGCCCGGCCUCCCAGCGCUGGGUGUGGAUGUCAUUGGAGCCUCCUGUCAACAAUAGAAACGUAGCACAGUUCAAUGGUAUCUUCAACUGGACGAUGAGCUACAGACGUGAUGCAGACAUAUCCGUACCUUACGGACAGACAAUUCAAGGAGGGGAUGAGCGAAGCUUCCAGGCUGCUCCGAAUCGCUCCUGCCUUGUUAGCUGGGUCGUCAGCAGAUAUCAGGCUCACCAGGCUCGGUCUGGAGUUUACAAAAGUCUAAAGAAGUACAUCCCCAUAGAGGUGUAUGGCAGAUUGACCAAUAAGUGGCUGUCAGACAAGAACCUGCUGCCAACCAUUGCAAAGUGUCUAUUUUACCUGUCUUUUGAGAACUCUGAGGUGAAGGACUACAUAAGUGAGAAGUUCUGGAGGAAUGCAUUUCAAGCAGGGGCCAUACCGGUGGUUCUUGGCCCCAGCCGGGCCACCUACGAGGCCCUGGCUCCCCCUCAGUCCUUUAUCCAUGUGGCUGAUUACAAGAGCACAGCAGAUCUGGCUGCUUACCUGAAGCAUGUGGCUCAAGACAGGCAGAUAUAUGAUAGGUACUUCCAGUGGCACCACACUCACAGAAUAAAAAUGUACACUGACUGGAGAGAAAGGCUGUGUCAAAUAUGUGUCAAGUACCCCAGUUUACCAGCCAACAGGGUCUACGAGGACCUGGAGAGCUGGGUUAACAGCUGA